CAUUCUACUUCCUUCUGUUCUACACGAGAUUUUUUUCUGUUCUCGUUGAGCUCAUCUUAUAAGAAAACUUAAUAUGGAUAAGAUUAGAGAUUUGUCAUCAAAGAGGGCAGCAGUAAUAUUCACAAAGAGUUCAUGUUGUAUGUGUCAUAGUAUCAAAGCACUAUUUUAUGAACUAGGAGCAAGCCCAGCAAUACAUGAACUUGAUCAAGAUUCAAGAGGCAAUGAAAUGGCAUUGGCAUUGAGAAGUCUAGGUUGUAAUCCAUGUGUUCCAGCUAUUUUCAUUGGUGGACACUUUGUUGGAUCAACAAAAGAUGUUAUUUCCCUUCAUGUUAAUGGCUCUCUUAAACAAAUGCUUAUUAAUGCCAAAGCUAUAUGGUUGUAGCUAAUUAAACUAGUUUUCUUUCACCAAUCAAGAUUGUGGUGGAGUAGUAAUAAGUACUACUUUAUUCUUAGCCAAGAGGUCUCGGGUUCGAGCCUCCUUGGUAUGGAGUCGCCUUUGUUAGGGAGCGCUUUACCUUCAAUGUAGGACUUUCAAGUGUGAAUUCAAAUUUAGUCGGACUCCAAUGUAGGUACCAGACACCGGAUGAAAACCAAAAAAAAAAUUAGUUUUCUUUCUUGUCUGGUUGGACUCUAAAGAAAGC